CUAACCCUAACCAAAUCCCCUUCUACCUACUUGCUCACAAUGCCUCAUUCCUCCUCCUCAACCUCUACCUCUAUCUUACAAAAGCCCUUCCCCUCCCCAACCCUCUCCCUCUCCCACCGCAUCGUCCUAGCCCCCAUGACCCGCAUGCGCGCCUGCAACACCACCGCCCUCCCAAACCCCACCGCAGCCCCCUACUACGCCGAACGCACCACCCCCGGCGCCCUCCUCAUCUCCGAAGGCAUCGUCAUCCACCCGCGCGGGAAAGGCUUCCCACGCACCCCAGGCCUCUGGACCCCCGCGCACGCAGAGGCCUGGAAACCCAUCACCGACGCGGUGCACGCGCGCGGAGGGACCUUCUUCGCGCAGAUCUGGCACGUCGGGCGCGUCUCCGUCCCCUCCCAAACAGGGGGGUUGAGGCCCCUAAGUUCGACGAGCGGGUGUUUGCCCGGGAGGCAUGUUUUAUUCGGGCAGAGCGAGGACGCAGACGGGGAUGGGGAUGUGAGCGAGGCGUAUGGACCCUCUCAUGCGCUGAGCAUCCCCAAGAUCCAAGACGUGGUGGGCCAGUUUGCCCGCGCGGCGAGGCUGGCGGUCCAUGGGGGUGGGUUCGACGGGGUGGAGAUUCACGGUGGGAAUGGGUAUUUGGUCGAUUGCUUCACGCACGAUAGUAUCAAUACCCGGGGCGAUGAGUACGGCGGGUCGAUUGGGAAUCGGAUCCGGUUUGCGUUGGAGGUCGUGGAUGCGGUGGUGAGGGCUGUUGGGAGGGAGAGGACCGCGAUUCGUCUGGCGCCGUAUCAUGUGCUGCAGGGCACGAAUGAUAGUAUGCGCUUGGAGACGUUCUCGGAGUUGGUGCGUGAGUUGGAGAUGAGGGGACUGGCGUAUGUCCAUAUCGUCGAGCCACGGUAUGAUCGGUUUAGUCGCGAGGGGGCGUUUUCGGGAGAUAUUCGACGAGAUGGGGAUGGGAGGGAGGAUGCCGAUGAGGCGUCUAUCUGGUCGUUUCGCAGGAUUCUGAAGACGACGCCGGUGAUUGGGGCUGGGGGGUAUGAUGCUGAGUCGGCGGCACGGGCGAUUGAGGAAGGACGCGUGGAUCUGGUGGCUUUCGGACGGUAUUUCACCUCCAAUCCGGAUCUGCCUGAACGCCUGUUCAAGGGUCUUCCUCUGACCAAGUAUCAUCGGCCUACGUUCUAUACUUCGGGGGAGAAGGGGUACCUGGGUUGGCCACGAUGG